AUGCCUCGUCAGUCCCCCCCCGACCGCCGCCCGCUCGUCAUCUCCGGCCCCUCCGGCGUCGGCAAGGGAACCCUGUACAAGCGCCUCUUCGAGAGGCACCCCGACACCUUCUGCCUCUCCGUGUCGCAUACCACGCGCAAGCCGCGGCCCGGCGAGCAGGACGGCGUCGACUACCACUUCGUCGCCGUGGAGGACUUUGAGGCGCUCAUCGCGCGGGACGGCUUCGUCGAGCACGCCAAGUUUGGCGGCAACCGCUACGGCACCAGCAAGAUGACGAUUGAGGAGCAGGCCCGCAAGGGCAAGGUGGUGGUGCUGGAUAUCGAGAUGGAGGGCGUCAAGCAAAUCAAACAGUCCGCCCUCCCCGCACGAUACGUCUUCAUCGCCCCGCCCUCCCUCGACGCCCUCGAGGCCCGCCUGCGCGGCCGCGGCACCGAGGACGAAGCCAGCAUCCGCAAGCGCCUCGACCAGGCCACCCACGAGCUCGCCUUUGCCGAGACGCCCGGCGUCCACGACAAGAUCAUCGUAAACGACAACCUCGACGACGCGUACAAGCAGCUCGAAGACUACGUCUACAAGCCGCUCGACUCGUGA